AUGGCCCAGGAAAGCCCAGAUUUCAACAUUCUCUUCAAUGACGACAAGUAUAUCAAAUCUUACAGGCUUGGCGAAAAGGUCACCGGGGAGUUCGCUCAACUUCUGAUUGACCAGACUGGCAUUGUAGCCGACUCUCACUCGUCUCGAGACUGUCCGCUUUUGGUCCUUGACAACGCUUGUGGCACUGGAGUUAUUUCUAGCAUCCUUCAACGCGACCUUGACCACGAAGUCAAGACCAACUGGCAGCUGACAUGCUCCGACGUCUCGCCUGGAAUGCUUGAGUAUACUCGACGUCGGCUAGAGAGCGAAAAGUGGCUCAAUGCAGAAGUGAAGACCGUUGACGCGCAAGAUACCAAGCUACCAUCGGAACUUUUCACUCACGCCUUUACGGCCUUUGCUUUUAUGGCCCUUCCUCGAGGCUUGGCUGCCUUGGAUGAAUCGACCCGGAUCUUGCAACCAGGGGGAACCAUUGCCUUCAGCACUUGGAUAGAGCCUGGCUGGCUAUUGGCUGCAGGAAAGGCAGUUGCAAGUAUAUCCAGUGACCUGCCUUGGCCCACCGCCGACGAGUUUUUGAGCGUCAUCGGCAAUGGUCAAUGGAGUUCUGUGAAUUGGAUCGAAGCCCAACUCAAAGACCGAGGCUUCUGUGAUAUCAAGGUUAACCCGGUCACGAGACACAACCCUCUUUCAGUUGACGAGUUUGUUGAUAUGACCAUGUUCAUGCUGCCUGUGGUACUCAAUUUAUUCUGGACGGAGGAAAUGCGACAGGAGAGCAAGGACAAGUUCAAACCGGCAUUGGAGAAGUACCUGAUUGGUCUAUAUGGAGAAAACGGAGAGGUGCCAACGGAGUGGGUGGCGAUUUUAUCAACAGCUCAGAAGCCUAGCUCGACAGAGUCAUAA